AUCAUCCAGUGUCUGUAGGGUAAAGGUGACAUAUGUGUAUUCAAUAGGAAUGUGACAGGCCAGCAUUCCUUCCCAGGAACUGCUGAUCUAAAAGAGAAUGUCAUUUCAAUCCUUGGGAUGGCUACCUCUUACAGACUCACCCAGAGGCCUUCCCUGUCAGGAGUCUCCACAAGAGAAGGUAGGUUUCAUCCUCUAUGCACUUUCUUCUUGUGGCUAUCUUCCUAUGAAGCCCUAUCUUUGAACAACUGUGGGGAAUUCAUUGCAUAAUUAAAAGGCAAACAAACUUACCCAACAAAGCAUUUACAAUUUAAGUAGAUAUUUGUGUAUAAGCAAUAAUUCAUGCUUUAUCAGAUUUUCAAAAAUAGACAACAUGAUUUUGUUGAAAGAUUUCUGGCCUCUAAUGUCCUUUACCCAGUACAUUACCAUCUCUGAAUUAUUGAGACAGUGAUGUAGCUUCAACUAUGCGCUAUAGCUCCAUUGCUACCACAAAUUCUAAAGAUACAAACUUGGGAAGAUAUUUGCCUCAUACAGGAAAAGUAUUGUCUUAAUAUAUAAAGAAGUCUUAGAAAUCAAUAAGAAGACCAAUAACCUAACAGAAAAAUGAGCAAAGGAAAUGAACAGAUCAUAGUUAAUACAAAUGGUUUUUAAAUAUAUAAAAUGAUGUGCAAUCCCCUAAGAGAAAUGCAAAAUAAAACAAGGAGAUGCUAUUUUCACCUUUCAGAUUUCAGAGAUCAAAGAGUUUGAUAUUGCAUUAUUGGUAAGGAUGUAGGAAAAUGGGGACUCUCAUAUACAGUUUUUAAAAGACAGGGUCCCACCAUGUUGCCCAGGCUAGUCUUGAACUCCUUGCCUCAAGCAAUCCUCCCUCAGCCUCCCAAGUAAACUGGAAUUACAGGCACCAUGCCUGGCUCUAGAUGACUCUUUUAAAGAACUCUCCCAGGCCUGAACUUGAGAGGAAAAGGGGCAGUCAUCUGACGCACUGAGGACCUGGCCUGGACUUCCCCACAGAGGGGAGUGUCAGGGCCCCCAGGGACCUGGGCACCGAGUAUCAUAGCCGCUGGGGACUCGUGGGCCCGGCGGCCCAGGAGGUGGGCGGGCAGUCGUGGUAGUCACCCUCCUUCCCCCCACGCCUCCAUUUCUCUGGCCUGGGGCGAGAGCCGGCGCCUGGUGGGGAGAACAAAUCUACCGCUCGGGCCGGGGAGUGGGCUCGCGAGCAGACUCUAGGAAGGGGCGGCAGCUCCCGCCACAGCACCGCCGCUCCACGCUCCCACCCCCGGUGGCCGGACGUGGCGCCUCCCCUGUGGCGGCGGCCAGAGCCUGGAGGUGGGGUCCGGAGCCUGAGCCCGGGGUUCUGAUGUCACCGCGCGGCCGCGGACGCCCAGGAGCGCGUCUCCGGCCCAGCCUCAGAACCACAGUGUCCUCAUCUGUAGAAUGCAGACAGCAGUUGUGAGGAUCAACAUAAAUAUUUAUGAUCUACGGAGCCAGCCAGUUUCAACGCCCAUCUGUGCAGCCAUGGAAGCCCUGGGUGCUGGGGGCGACCGCGCCUCUCCAGCCUCCUCCACUCGCAGCCUGGACCUGAGAAGGCUGUCCACGCGCGCAGACUCUGCCUACAGCUCUCUUUCUGCGGCUUCUGGCGGCCCUGAGCCGCGCUCGCUGUCGCCUGGGGCUGACCUUCCUUACCUAGACUGGGACUACGUGCGCGUGGUUUGGGGCGGCCCGGCCCCCGCCCCGGCCGACAUCGUCCCUCGAGCAUCACCGCGGCCUGGGUCCGCGGUCGCUCCACGCAGCGAGCCGCCACCUCCGGAGGUGCAGGGGGCUUCGGGGCCACUAAAUAGACACGCCACCCCGCUGCUUUAUGCGCUGGCGGCGGAGGCUGAAGCUGCCUCGCGGGCCUCAGAGCCGCCCAGCCCGCCGGCCUCGAGGGCUGCCUACCGCCAGCGACUGCAGGGCGCGCAGCGGCGCGUGCUGCGGGAGACGUCCUUCCAGCGCAAGGAGCUCCGCAUGAGCCUGCCCGCCCGCCUACGGCCCACAGCCCCCGCGCGGCCCCCGGCGGCGCACUCGCGCUCCGCCUCGCUGAGCCACCCUGGUGGGGCGGUGGAACCGGCGCCCUCCCCGACUCCCGCGUUGGGCACUGCCGGCCGGGAUCGCCUCGCCAGCCGGCAGCGGAAGUGGUGCUUCUCGGAGCCGGGAGAGCUGGACCGCGUGGGUCGGGGAGGUACGCCAGUGGGGGAAUGCGUGCGUGAGGCCUGCUCCAGCUCUGGUCUCACGCGGCCCCAGCCCCAGGAGUUGCAACAUCCCGCGCUGUCUGAGUUCAAAGAUCACCAGAUAGGAUGGCUGCUCAAGACCCAGCCCCAACGAACAGCGGACCAGCACUCCGGAUGCCUGAAGCUCGCUGAUGCCUAUGGGCCUGCCAGUCAGAGUCGGAGCGCUCCAGGCAAAGUUGGGGAUCCCUGGGAAGGUUCAGGAGGGGCCAUGCCCAGUGUCCAGGCUAUUCUCCAUGGAACAGAAACUCCCAGGCCACUGUUUCAGACCAAAUUUUCCAGGUUCUUGACUCAGAAGGAGACUAUAGUGAUGUGUCCUGCAGAGGUCCCCCAGUGCAGCCCUGCCGACUGUGAGCAGAGGGUCUCAGAGACCUGCAUUGUGUCUGCCCAACUCCCCUCUAUUUCUGAUGAUGAAGUGUUCCUGGAAGAAACCCUCCUGGUCAGAAUGAGAUCACCACCAGACUUCCACACUCCCCAAGGGCUCUCAACCAGUGUCCAUGCCUUUGACCAGCAGUAUGGAACUGGCCAGGCCAAAAUCUCAGAAGAUACCCUCUAUAAGUACCCAGGAACUGCAGGGGCAGAGGACUGCUGGCAGGGAGCAAAAGGUUCUGCUGAUGUUUCCAGGCCCACAAGCUGUAGCCCCUCUGGGACUGCAAAUGGUGACGUCCCAACUAUUGACCCCACUGGACUGCGGACUACUGACCCCCCAGCAGCUGCAGAGAGUGAUCUCAGACUUCUGCCAGUUGAUGCCCCAGAGCCCUCUCACCAUUUUGCCCUGGCCUGGGCCACUGGCCAGCCUGGUUCCAGGCCAACAUGGCUCAGUCAGCACCUUGAGGAGCUGGUUCAGGAGCUGGCCAGACUGAAUCCCUCUCUGAGUGACACUCUUGCCUUCCAGCCCAGCCCAGAGCCACCCCUAGGCCUGCUGGAUGGGCUGAUUCCUUUAGCUGAUGUCUGGGCUGCAAUGAGGCCAGCCUGUGGAGAGGCUGGAGAGGAGGCUGCUGGUACUUCUCAGCCAGGGUCCUAUCAAUUUAGCUUCACCCAGUUCCCACCAACUUCUCAGGAGGAAGAGAUUCUUAAAAACUCUGCCACCCACCCUGUGCCUGACCAGCCACAUGGCCAGGGCUUCCCAGAACCAAACAACAGUAUCCAGGCCAAGAAAGUGGAGCUAGCCAGUCUCCUCCAAAAGAUGCUGUGGGGCCUUCAUUCCGAGCAGGAGCGGCUGCAGGAGGCGGCCCAAACACUGGCCAGGAGCCAAGCGGCUCUGGAGGUUGUAGUGAACCAGGCCUGUGAGCCCCGGGAGCUGGAGCGGUUCAGCCGGUUCAUGGCCGACCUAGAGCGUGUGCUUGGACUCCUGCUGCUGCUGGGCAGUCGCCUAGCCCGUGUGCGCCGCGCCCUGGCCUGGGCGGGCGCCGACGGAGACCCUGAUGAGCGGGCUUCUCUGUUGCGGCGACUGGAGCUCCUGCAGCGGCAGCAAGAGGACGCCAAGGAGCUGAAGGAGCACGUGGCACGGCGUGAGCGAGCUCUGCGUGAGGUGCUGGCUCGGGCACUGCCGGUGGAGGAACUGCGUGCCUAUAGCGCCCUGCUGGCUGGCAAGGCUGCUGUCCUGGCCCAGCAGCGCAGCCUGGACGAGCGAGUCCGCUUCCUUCAGGACCAACUGGACGUGUUAUUUUUUCAGAGGUCCAGAAUGAACUCACCACAGACGUUACAGAUCCAUACCAGAGACUUCGAGACUUUUCGGAGACCAGAAGCCGGGUGGAGCGGUCCUCCAGGACACUGCCAGCAGGGGGCACUGUUUUCCUUACGGAGAAGGAUUCUUCCCACGCUUUGCCUCCCGCAGCCUCCCCAGCUACCAGGCCCUCGGGUCUAGCUAGAAGGACUCUGCCUUGCCCUAAUGAGCGGAGACCUUGUUAGGCCUGGAAGCUGGACGUCGGAGGAAAUUCCGGCCAGCCAGGCAGGAAAAGCCUGGCUUGCUUUCCUUCGCCACUAGGCCUUCGUUGAAAGGCUGUUGGCUAAUGAGAAACGGGGGAGAGGGAAGGUGGGGAUGUUGACCUCCAGCAUCAGUAGCAAAAGAGCCUUACACGGUUUCCCAUUCUGGAAGGAGGGUUGCAGGGGUCUCUGCUGGGCUUUCUGCCUCCCACCCGCUUCAGCCGCCCGCGCCCGGGCCCGCUGGUUGCGGCGCCCCCGGGCUUCGGGGGCGGGCGGCUGGGGCUGGCGGUGUUGCUGGGCAACAGGCAGCCGUGCGGUCGCCUCCCGCUCGCCGCACUCCGCCCCCGCUGCUCCUCCUAAUAUGGAUUUAAUUAGUGUACUUUU